UUUAAGAACUCAUAUAAAUCCACCACGAACCCUCCUUCCACUUCGGCGCUUCUUUGUUUUCGUGUUUAGGGCUUCCGAUCGAGAGCGCGGCGGCAGGGCAGGGAGUGAAGCCGUAGCAGAGAACCAAACAUGGUGCACGUCUCCUUCUAUCGUAAUUAUGGAAAGACUUUCAAGAAACCUCGACGUCCUUAUGAGAAGGAACGUCUGGAUGCAGAACUUAAACUUGUCGGUGAAUAUGGGCUUCGCUGUAAAAGGGAGCUUUGGAGGGUUCAAUAUGCAUUGAGCCGAAUCCGUAAUAAUGCAAGGAUGCUUUUAACCCUUGAUGAAAAGAAUCCGCGUAGGAUUUUUGAGGGAGAGGCCUUGCUUAGGAGGAUGAACAGGUACGGUCUUUUGGAUGAGAGUCAAAACAAGCUCGAUUAUGUUUUGGCUCUUACUGUCGAGAAUUUCCUUGAGCGUCGUCUCCAAACCCUCGUAUUCAAGUCUGGAAUGGCUAAAUCUAUUCACCAUGCUAGAGUGCUCAUCAGACAGAGGCAUAUAAGGGUUGGGAGACAAGUGGUUAACAUCCCUUCUUUCAUGGUGAGAGUCGAUUCUCAAAAGCACAUAGACUUCUCUCUCACUAGUCCAUUUGGAGGUGGGCGCCCUGGAAGGGUGAAGAGAAAGAACCAGAAGGCAGCUGCCAAGAAGGCUGCUGGUGGAGAUGGGGAUGAAGAAGAUGAGGAUUGAGUUACUGACUAAAAAAAACUCAUCAUCUGAGACGGUAAAGAUUAGCCAAGGAUCUAAGGUAACUGAGGUUAACCUCAACGACCUAUUUCCUACAGCUAAAUCUUUUCCAUCAUAUAGAUGAGAAUGUUACGUCUUUAGAAGUUUUGCUUUAAUUAUUUGUCAUUUAGAAAUCUUGUUUGUUUUUUGGUGGUGGGACUAGUUUCCAAUUUUGGACUAUUUGAACUUAGUUUCCAUAGUUUUCUUGCCAUCAUUGGACUUGGUUAAUCAAAACUCCUCCGCAUCAUGAAUGUAUUGAGUUGAUUUCUUCUA